GUGAAGACAGUCUGCGCUGGUAGAGACGAGGUAGCUUGGCCAAAAUAACCCGCCAGGCAGCCCACUGAGUCAGUCAGUCUUCCCUGCACGGCUUCCCUGCUCUUCCCAUACAUCGUGACCUUCGCCAUGGCUUCCCACGAUGUGCUCAGCCUCUCCCUGGAUGACAUCAUCAAGAUGAAAGGCCGUAAGCGUGGUUCAAACAUUAGAGGCCGAGGCCAGAAGUCAGCAGGCCAUCAAGAUCGUGGGAUGAGCCGCUCAAACCGAGGCCUGGGCCGGGGCCGGGGCUGGGGCCGGGGCCGAGCUAGGGGCUCGCGUAUUCUAUCUCCAAAAUUUACAGUGCAACGUGCUGGCAUCCGGUCAGCGGGAAGGGGCAGACCAAUUCGGAGUAGAGGCAUCCCUGGGCUGGGACGAGGCCAGGCAGGGCAGGGCAGAAACCGUGGUGGCAUCCUGAAUGGCAGAAGUCGAGGUGUGCGGGGUGGGAGAGGUGGAAGAGGAGGUUCUCAGGAGCAAAGAGGAAGAGGUGCUAUAGCAGGAAGAGGAAGAGGCAGAGGGUCAUUGAGGGGACGAGGAAGCAUUGCUAUCCUGAGAAGAGGUCGUGGUGGUAUCACACAAAGAGCCUCCACAAGUCAACCACAACUUGUCCGCCAGAAUAGUCAGCAGAACAUCACAGCACGGGACUCUUCCUUCAGGCAGUGGCUGGCUAGAAGAAAGAUCCAGCAGGCCCGCAAGACUCUGGUCCUGUCCCAGCAGAACAACAGAGCUAAGACACGCCUAGGCAUGGUCAAUGCUAUGCGGGGAAUACAGCAGGAGGAACAAACAAAACCUGUGCGUGGAGCAGGCUCCAUGCGAGGGGCUAGCUCUGUCGUGUCCCUCUCCUCACAGCACGGCCUCACAGUUAGCAUCAAGAACAACAUUGCAUCAAAUCAGACUCAGUAUGCUGGUUCUUCAAUGAGAGCAAGGCCAAAAUUAAACAGAAGCAGAAUAAGGCAACAUCCUACAACAAGCUACACACCAGCCAUGUUCACAGUUGUGAAUGACCAAGCAAUACCUCCUGAGCCACCAGUCCCAGCUCCUCCACCACCCAGAAAAAUACUGAAGCGCAAUGUUACCUCAACUAGAGAUACAAGGGCUGGAGUGGCCUCACCAGUGAUGGUUUACCCACAACAAAAUUCUCGUCCAGUUCCAGAGCCCCAUCGUCAAAUACUGGAUCCCAAGGUGCAGAAAGAGAUUGCCAUGUUGCAGGGCAAGGAAGUUUCUUUGAAUAGUGGGCCUGGUCCAGGGGUGAAGGGGUUCAGACACAUCCCCAGUCACACGGCACGCUCUCUUAAUGAACGUUUUACUGAAGAGAGGAUGAUAACUACUUAAGGCAUCCAUUUAAAUAGUCCAUUGUGUAUAUUAAUACAGUUUAUAUCAGAAUUUUAUAGCAGUAUUUCAAGUGGUGAAUAAUAUUUGUAACAACUGAUAUGGUUUCUGAGUUGUAUGGGUAAGAUUGAAACUAAUAUAUUUAUUUGUUUAAGUGUAAGAAGAGAAUGAGAACUACAAAUUAGAGGAGAGAAUGUACACAUUGAAAGCAAGCAAGUUAUACAGUAGUCAAGUGCUUGGUAUGUUCCAAGAGAGAUUACUUCUGUUAAAAAGAUAAUUUGCUCUUUAAUGUAUCUGUUGUCGGUUGUUGAGAGAGAAGCAGAUCCAUAUUUAGUAAAGUGGCACCUGUGACUUAUGGAACUUACUUUACUUACAAUGUGCUAGGUGUAGAGGUUUGUAUUGUUUCCUGCUGAAUUUGAUAGUUCUAAAAAAAUGUAUUUUUAUUUAGACAAAGAUUAAGUGCUGUUUGUAAUGGAUUUUUUUUUUUUUUUUUUUUUUUUUUUUUUUUUUGUGUGUGUGUGUGUGUGUGUGUGUGUGUGUGUGUGUGUGUGUGUGUAGGAUGGGUUAUAAUUUAGUUUGAGGAUAUGUGGGAAGGAAAGAGUGAUGCAGGCACCUUGGUUACUUCUCCUGGGCAGGGAUAUCAGUCUGGUGUAUAGACAAAUGUAAUAAGUGUGAAAGAAGGAAGAGUGUAUUUUAUUUAUUUACAUAGUCACAUUUUUUUCUCAGUGUAGCUAGUUCUGAGUUACAUUGUUAAAAAAAUAUAUAAAUUUAUAUUUAUUUACCUACUAAUUGUACUUGUUCUUUAAAACUGUACUCUUAAUACUCACAUCCACUCAACAGUUUGCUAUCACUGGAUUUGUCAUUAUAUUUCAGCAACUUCACAGUGAUGGUAAAAGUUGCCAAAUCCUUUUCAUCAGUCCUAGAUUCACCUUUUCACUACUAACAGUAUUGUUGUAUGACAAUAGUCAGUUUUUGUAAACUGACAUUUGUCAGUCUUUACCACUGUUGGUGAAGGUAAUUAUGCAUUGACUACUGAGUACUAUGGGUGUAGCAGAUACGUGUGGUUUAUGGAGGUGUUACAUUGUGAGCAUAUUUGUUCACUGAAAAGGGUUUGUUAGAACUGGGGAUGGUAGGUUCUACCAAAGACCCAUCAAGCCUUGGAUCUAGGGUGCAACAAGCUACUGCACCAAUAGACGUGUCUGAAGAUAAACACAAGGUGCAAAGGGCAUUUUCCAUUUUAAACUUUUGAAAUUUAUACAUCACUCCUGCAUCUUUGUAAUAUUAGCCACCAUUCUGUGGGAUUACUGCACUGUGUUCUUACAGCUUAUAGUAGUAACCUGAUACUCGUACUUCUUUCUGUAUACAUUGCACAUUACUAUGAAAAUUUGUCUAUGAGGCUUGAUACAGAAACAAAGUAAUAUUGUCUAUACUGGAUGCUUGAAGAAAGCAAAUGUUAUUCAACAUGUCAGGAUACUAAAGUAAGCAAGCAGCAACAUUCUAGAGAAUUUUCCAGACCAUACCACUAACAUUGUCAUCUUAUUUUUUCCAAGCUGCAGUACACAGGAACCUAGGUUCUUGAACAUAAUUUGUUCCUGAAUGUUGUUCAAAAUCUGAAAUGUUUGGAAACUGAAACAAUUUUCCCCUUAGAAAUUCAUGUGAAAUGGAUUAAUCUAUUCUUGAACACCAGAUGAUUGCUUUUUUAAAUUUUUACAACAGGACUUUGUGCAUAAAAUCAUACAGGGAAAUCCCGUUAUAUAAGCAUUCGGAAACUGAUGAUAAGAGAUGAGUAAAAUUAGGGACUGUUUUCAUUAUACAAGUGCAAAAAUCUAUGAUACAAGAAUCAGUUUGGGGCAAGUUAAGUGAUGAAGGCCAGGUAGGAGACCUCUAGCUCAGUCACCCCAACAAACUUCUAGCUGUUUUUAUUUCAGGCCUCAGAGAGAGCAUGAACUGCUCAGCUGGGGAGUGGCAACACACCGUGUUGCCACUCCACAACACUUAACACAUCAGUUAUGCAGUAAAGAUGAGUGUUAUGCUUAUUUUAAAAGAUCAUUAUAACUAGAUAAAUAAUGAAGCUAUAAAUAAGAAAGCCAAAAAAGAACAGUAUGGUGCAGAUAUACACUGAACAAUGGCUGUGGCAUGACUAAGGCCACUGUGAUUAUGUGUGCCGGCUGCCAUGUGGCUUUAUGUUGUGCUUUUCUUUGUGGGUAUACUUGUAUGACUGCUACAGUUUGACAAAUUGCAAAAAUCUAGGUACUGUCUGCAUCAGGGUUUGUACAUUCAGUAUGAAAUUCACUGAACUUGAUGAUUGUAAAAUGUAGACAUUUCAUUUUUUAUCACCAUGCUUACUUUGAUUGUGGGUGUCACUUUACAUCUGUUUGCCUAAAAUCUUUUAUUGUAUGGAUAAAAAGGAAGGUUAAGAGCAAUUAUGUAGGUAAUGUGUAACAUUGGGAAGAAAUGCAUUUGUCUGCUCAAAUAAUAUCUAUACACAUUUGCAAGGGGCAUUAAUACCUAACAACCAUUGUAAAUGACUACUGCCAAAGCUUAUUUUCUGGUUGGUCAAGUAAUUUCUAGUAUUGAUUUUAUACUACAAAAAAGGAAGCAUUGCCAUUGCUUGCAAGCACUUACUCUUCAGAUGUAUAGCAUGUUUUCUUCACACAGUAAAGGAGGUGAAGACUGUUGUACUGCUGGCCAACAGAGUCCACGACAGCUGAAGCAGAGCCAGGCCACUGUCCAUUGUUACAUAUUGCUUCCCUUGCCAUGCUCAUUCCUGUACAAGACCAGUGGUUAUAUUUUUAUUUAAAUUUGAAUUUGUAUGUUUUAAAGUAAAAAAAAAAAGAUAUAUUUUGCAAUAUGUGAAUAAAUUCAAUAUAUAA